AUGGAGGAGAAAGCGAAGGGUGACAGCGGCAAGGAGCAAGACGUGACCUCCACAUCUUAUCAGCGGAGGAUGUGGAAGAAUUUCCAGGAAAGGACAAAACCGUUUUUGAGCCCUAAACUGGGAUCGGAAAGGCGCAGCGCGGACGGCAAGAAAGAGAGCGGCUUGUGGAUGUUCAAGCGGAAAAAAAAACCGGUUCUGGACCGAAUCUUUUCCUCUUCUCAGCCGAACCUGAGCAGCUCGAGUCCGGCGUCUCUGCAAGGCGACAAAGCGGAACCGAAAUGCAGUGAAGGAGCCGGAAAGCCACCGCUCAUUGCUAUGGAAGGAGCUGCUGCAAUGACACACAUUUACACACACGAGGUUUCGGUGUCGGCCCACAGCAGCCCGAGGCUCGGUGUGGCUCAUUUAACCGCGUCUCAGCCCAAAAGCUCGUCCUUGGGCUCAGCGUGCUUCGAAAAGCUCGUGCUCGACUCGGCGACCGCUUCCGGUCAGGACGAGCUGAGCAAAAACGGGAGUGAUUCGGGCAUCAACACCGUAGGGUCGAGUAAUGCAUAUCCGCCUGCACUCAUCAGACCCAGGAUGUACCAAUUGGACAUUGUGCUGAAGAAGGGCAUCAAUCUUGCCAUUAGAGACAGAGGAGGCACCAGUGACCCUUAUGUGAAGUUUAAGAUCGCAGGGAAGGAGGUUUUCCGCAGCAAGACCAUUUAUAAAAACCUGAACCCGGUAUGGGAUGAGAAAGUGACCCUGCUGGUGGAUAGUAUAAGAGAACCUCUCUAUGUUAAGGUCUUUGAUUAUGACUUUGGACUGCAGGAUGACUUCAUGGGCUCUGCAUAUCUUUACUUGGAGUCCCUGGAACAACAUAGGACCCUGGAUGUGACCCUUGACCUGAAGGACCCCCACUAUCCCGACCAUGAUCUGGGCUCUCUGGAACUGGCCGUCAAGCUCACUCCUAAGGAAGGGGACUUCAGGGAUGCUACCAUGCUUUUGAGAAGGAGCUGGAAAAGAUCCAGUAAGUGCCAGAGUCUGAGGUUAUCAGAUGUCCACAGGAAAGCCCAGCUGUGGAGAGGUAUUGUCAGCAUCAGUUUAAUCGAGGGUCGCAACCUCCAACCAAUGGAUGCUAACGGCUUGAGUGACCCGUACAUCAAAUUCAGGAUGGGCCACCAGAAGUACAAAAGCAAGACAAUACACAAAUCGCUGAACCCUCAGUGGAGAGAACAGUUUGAUUUUCAUUUGUAUGAAGAGGAAGGUGGCUUUAUAGACAUCACAGUGUGGGACAGAGACGCGGCCAAGAAAGACGACUUUAUGGGCAGGUGUCAGGUGGACCUCUCAGUCCUGUCUAAGGAGUGCACACACAAGCUGGACUUGCCCCUGGAGGAGGGUGAGGGCAUGCUGGUGCUGCUGGUCACUCUCACCGCUUCAGCCGCUGUCUCCAUCUCAGACCUUUCUGUCAACAUGCUUGAUGACCCGCACGAGAGGAGAGAGAUUCUACACAGAUAUAGUCUGCUGAGAUCCUUUAACAACAUUAAAGACGUUGGUGUAGUGCAGGUGAAAGUCAUCCGGGCAGAGGGACUGAUGGCAGCUGAUGUUACAGGCAAAAGUGACCCUUUCUGUGUUGUGGAGCUCAGCAAUGAUCGUUUACAGACACACACGGUGUACAAGAACCUGAAUCCUGAGUGGAAUAAAGUCUUCACAUUCAACGUGAAAGACAUCCACUCCGUGCUGGAGGUUACAGUCUAUGACGAAGAUCGGGACCGAAGUGCUGACUUCCUGGGCAAAGUUGCUAUUCCGCUGCUAAGUAUCCAAAAUGGUGAACGGAAAGCUUACGCCUUGAAAAGCAAGGAGCUGACAGGGCCAACAAAAGGGGUCAUCUUUCUCGAAAUAGACGUGAUUUAUAAUGCUGUUAAAGCAGGACUUAGGACACUGAUACCCAUCGAGCAGAAAUAUAUCGAAGAAGAGCCUCGAGUUUCCAAACAGCUGCUCCUGCAGAACUUUAACCGGGUGCGGCGCUGCAUCAUGUUCAUCAUUAACACUGGCUGCUACAUCAACAGCUGCUUCGAGUGGGAGUCUCCUCGGAGGAGUAUCUAUGCUUUCCUUCUCUACAUAGUGGUGGUGUGGAACUUUGAGCUCUACAUGAUCCCACUGGCUCUGCUGCUCCUGCUAGCUUGGAAUUAUGUCCUCAUCGCUUCGGGAAAGGACAACAGACAGGGAGACGUGCAAGCAGUGGAGGAUUUGCUGGAGGGUGAGGAUGAGGACUUUGACAGAGAUGACAAGGUGCCGGGCUCUGCCCCCUCCCAUGAUGGCCGUCUGCCCGGAAGCCAUAUCCUUGAGGAUAUUUUGGCUUCCUGGCAUUUUGAAUGGAUUCGCGUGAUGGUGGACUCAGAGAGAAAAGGAUUCAUGUACAAGCUGUAUGCCAUUCCGGAUGUUUGCAUCAGUGUGCAAAGUGCUCUGGAUGAAGUGGCCUCCUACGGAGAGAGGAUAAAAAAUACAUUCAAGUGGACUGUGCCUUUUCUCAGCUGGCUGGCCAUAGUGGCACUGUGUGUGGCCACGCUUAUAGUUUACUUCAUUCCUCUCAGAUACAUCGUCCUGGCCUGGGGGGUGAAUAAAUUCACGAAGAAGCUGAGAGCCCCGUACAACAUUGACAACAACGAGCUGCUGGACUUCCUCUCCAGAGUGCCCUCCGAUGUGCAAGUGGUGCAGUACCGAGAGCUGAAACUGGAUCCAAGUCACAGCCCAAAUAAGAGAAAGAAAAAUAACCCAGGAUAGCUCUCUUCCUUCUCCCAUGGACUCAGAUUUAGCAUGCCAAGGACCGGCACUGAUUUGGACCGGCUAGGUGUUCCUCCUUCCUUUCUUUCCUUCUCUCUCUCUCUCUCUCUCUCGCUCUCUCUCUCCCUCUCUCUCUCUCUCUCUCUCUCUCUCUCUCUCGCUCUCAUCCUCUGUUUCUCGACAGAGGAGAAAAUAGAGGAGCACUUUUAAUUAUUACCAUGAGGGUUUCCGCCAUACUUGUUUACUUUUAGUGCAGAGGAGAGUGUGAAAAACUCUUGACCCCUUUUAGAGUCGUACGGCAGGAGCAAUUUGUCACUGGCUGGCAUCAGGCAGAUGGCUCUAAAAGCCAAGGUGUCCUUCCAGCACAGCAGAGGGAGACCAGAGACAGGGAAUGGCUUUAGACACAAAUAGCAGGAUCAGCUGAUAAUGCCGCCAGCCUCAGUGGCACAUCACGUCUCUAUCUUGGAGGGGAAAUAUGAUGGUUAGGUUGUAGUUUGCACCCUGUAAUUUCCACAAUGUGGUGAGGCUGUGCGCUGUAACCCGACGUCCUCCACAGCAGUUAUUAGAGUUGUCAGCUAAGCCUCUUUACAGUUCGAUUUAUAGCUGUAACUAAAGUGUUUGGGGGAAAAUAACAACUGCCUGGCCCGAGAGUCAGUAUUUAUUCAUCUGGGAUAUUUGUUUUAGGUAAUCAGGUUAUUUUAAGGGGAUGAAUGAUGUAUGCUCGUUUUUUUGCGGUAAAAAAGACUGACAUGUUUACAGGGGCAUAUUAGUUUUGGUGACAAAAUCCAUUUUGGUUACUGAAUACUAGCCCACACUAAAUCUUUUCCCAGCCUCCCUCCCUCUCUCCCUCCCUCUCUCUCGUACCAUUCUGCAGUGUUCCUGGGUUGCCAUGAGGUGCCACAGUGCAAAUAUGGAAGUCACUGUGGGUGGGCAAAAUGAAGGAUGUUUUAGCGGGUUUCGCGGCGUGCUAAUCAAACUACAAAGGCAUCAUUUUUCCACUGUUUACUGUAGAAUCGAAACCAAUGACAGGCAGCCAGACUUUGAGGGCAGCUUUGUGGGUGUCUUCAUUGUAGAGAAUAGCUUUCUUGAAAAUGUCAACAGUGUGUGACAAGCUGCUUCAGGGACUUGGCAGGGGUGCAGUGCAGGGCAGGAGUUUACCAACGUUGCUGUGGAGGGAAAAGGACCAAGAGGGCGUAGCAUGUUCUUUUUUUCAGAACCCUUUCUGAAUUUGGCACACCAUGCUUUUUCCUCUCCUUCAUCCGUACGGUUGAGCGAGAGGUCACGGCUCGGCCUGUAGGGAACCUCCUGAGGGAUCUCUGCUGAGCAAGUGUUGAAAGAUCACAGCACCAUCAGACGAGGCUUCUAUUCAAGUUCGGGCCUUCUAUGAAGAAUUAAAAAAAAAAAACUCCCUCAUGGCUGCUUUUCUAAAAGCACAUCUGUCAUAUGGAAAGUCCAUUGAUUUGUUUGAAAGCAUUUCCUUACAAAGACAACACACUCCCCAUUGAACAAGACACCAAUGGUACCGAAGUGAUCUAGAUUAAAAAAAGGAUCUCUUGAAGAAAUGUUUGGGAUCUGGUGAAGGGAACGAUUACUCUAAGCCUGAGUGUGUAUGUGCUGUUCAACUUUCUUUUAAUUCUUUAGUAGACGUAUCGUAUGGCUUGCGCAUCUCCUAUUCAAAAACUGGUUUCAGUCUUGUCUUCAGAAUCCUACAUUUGCAAGCAAACCAAAGUGGACCUUUUCAACAUCAUCAAUGUAGAAUAUAACAUUUUCAUAAAAGGCAAAAAAGUAAAAAAAAAUGUUACAGCACUUUUUAUUUGCACUGAUUUUUAAAUCUGUUUUGUUUCAAAUUGAUGUAAAUGUAUAUUAUAAUAUGCUUGUAAAUGUAUAAAAGAUAUUUAUGAUGUAAAGCUUUGUGUGUGUUACUUCCCUUAGAGAUGUUUAAUGAUAUAAAGCUCUCAGUGGUUGGGUGAGGUGGGAAUUACUGCUGGUAAAGGUGGAAUGUGAGAGCGCCACUAAAAUAUUUCAGUAAAUUCCUCAGAUGAAUGUCUGUUCAUUUUAAGAAAGAGAUAUGAAGAUUAUUAAAUAUUUUUAUCAUCUA